AUGAAGCUGUACCAAAGUCUUUUUGCUGCUGCCUUGUUGCUGUCGAGGAUUGAAGCUUCGUUCACGAUUGACAAUGUGCAGGAAAAGACGGAUAGUGACACCCCCACGGUGCGGAUUGUACGAGUUCACUCUCCUACAAUGGAAGAAAGGGGCAAUGGUCCCGAUAUCAUUAAUGAGAUUUCCGUCCUCACCGAUAAGCUGGCGAUCGAACUGGGAACAUUCCAGAAACAUUUAAAAAGUUCCGAGAAAAUAGUUGAAGAUGAUCGAGAGAUCAAAAACCUCCCGGAACACGCUCGUCCCAUAGGCACGAAACUAGGAAGUGCGACUGACGUGCGUUGGUGGGAAAUGCACAUCGCUGUUGAAAAACUUCAAAUUGAUUAUAAUAAUCGGCGACAGUAUUUGCUGAAUGCAAUCGGUCAAAACGAAUUUACGCUGGAGAAUUAUCACGAACAAGACGGAAUACUCAGGGGUGAUCUCGAUUACGACUUGAGGAUUAUCUUCGCGAAAAGUCGUUACGAUGUGGAUUGUAUUAAUAGAAAGGAUCAGUUUGAAAAGCUGCGAGAAGAAAUCAAAUCCUUGGCUCUUGAUGGUCCUCGCACUUCCCUAGACUUACUGAUGGACGCAUGCACCAAGCUCCAAAUUCCUCCAAUAGAUCCCAAUGAAAAGGUGUCUGCUGAAAUUUUUGAGACUUCGCAGUACCGUGUUCUCUACGAGUUCGCUGAACGUCUUGCGCGUAAAAAAAUAGAUAUGCUACGUCGACUUAAUUACAGGGUUGACCAAAUACCAGAGUCAAAGAAUGACGUUGCUUUUGCUACUCUUGCUGAGUUUCGCAUAUUACGUUCGGACGAAAACGCCUUGAAGACCAAGAAGCUGUUGUAG